UUCCUGUGUGAAACGACGAGAUAUGGUGGAAUACUCAUUUCUAGACCCGAGUAAAAAUAUCCUGUGCGUCACUGUUAUUAGGAUUUAAUUUGUUCAUUUUCACCAUAGGAAGUUUCUAAAGUUGACGCAUUCAAAAUUUAGGUGUGAAACUCUUUAACUUCAAGAAUGAGUGACAUGAGUGAUUUAGAUAGACAAAUAGAGCAGCUACAAAGAUGUGAAGUAAUCAAGGAAAGUGAAGUUAAAGCCCUUUGUGCUAAAGCUAGAGAAAUUCUGGUAGAGGAAGGAAAUGUACAGGCAGUAGAUGCUCCAGUCACAGUUUGUGGUGAUAUUCAUGGCCAGUUUUAUGAUUUAAAAGAAUUGUUCAAAGUGGGUGGUAAGGUGCCAGAGACAAACUACUUAUUCAUGGGAGACUUUGUUGACAGAGGAUUUUACAGCGUGGAAACUUUUCUUUUACUUUUAGCCCUGAAGGUGCGGUAUCCUGAUCGUAUCACACUAAUCAGAGGUAAUCAUGAAAGCAGACAGAUUACACAAGUGUACGGGUUUUAUGAUGAGUGUUUAAGAAAAUAUGGAUCCAUCACAGUAUGGCGCUACUGUACAGAAAUCUUUGAUUACCUCAGUCUUUCAGCAAUAGUAGAUGGAAAGAUAUUCUGCGUGCACGGUGGCUUGUCACCAUCUAUAACAUCUCUAGACCAAAUAAGACAAAUAGACAGAAAACAAGAGGUUCCUCAUGAUGGACCCAUGUGUGAUUUAUUGUGGUCAGAUCCAGAAGACAUGCAAGGUUGGGGUGUCAGUCCUAGAGGUGCGGGCUAUUUGUUUGGAAGUGAUGUUGUCAACUCGUUUUGCCAAGAAAAUGAGGUAGACUUGAUAUGUCGUGCACACCAACUUGUGAUGGAGGGUUAUAAAUGGCACUUUGGUGAAAUGGUCCUCACUGUUUGGUCAGCACCAAACUACUGUUAUAGGUGUGGCAACGUGGCAGCUAUCCUUGAAUUAGAUGAAAACUUGAAAAGAGAUUUUACAAUAUUUGAAGCAGCACCACAGGAAUCCCGAGGCAUCCCAUCAAAGAAGCCACAACCUGACUACUUCCUCUAGCACCAUUCAGGCACUCUGCAUCCUGGACCGACCAAAACUCUGUACAGUCCCAUCAGUCUUAUUCUAUCAACUUUGGUCCAAGUCAAAUCAUUUGUGUAUGAUAAUUUGUAUGAAAUAGUUUAUUUAACAAAUAUUAAAGUCUUUACA